GUUAUUACAAGGAAUCCUUUAAUUGUAUUUUUCUACAUGGGACGAUACCUGUAUUAUUAUUAUUAACUAUUGUUGUUGAAUGUUUCAAUGGAUAUAAUGCAACAAACAGUAUUAUAAAAUAAACAAAACACGCAGAAAAGGAAUUAAACUUCAAUUGGACUAUGAUUUUCUUUGUAUAAAUUUUGAUAAUUUUUAUGGAAUUAAUUCGCAAUGUCGACAUUGUAUUAUCGUCCUGGAACAAGUGAGUUGAAAUUAGAGACAAUGGAUCAUGAAACAGAUCAAAGUGUACAAAACAGUUUAGUUGAUGGUGUUCCAAAUUAUGCACAACCUGAUCCAAUGAAGCAUAGAGAGAAAUCUAUGGCUAAACAAGAUAAUGGAGAACAAAAAGGCGAAACAGUGAAUAUUAAGAAGAUAAAUCCACCUGAGAAUGGUCAAUUACAGAAUAAUUCAGAUGGUGAAGUUAAUGGAGCUUAUAACUUUUGGGAUUUAAGUGAUAGUGAAAUACGCUUAUUGGAUAGACGAUCCCAGAUGGAUACAUCAAGAAAAUAUUGGCCACACUACUUUAGUUCAGAUUAUUUGUAUCCAGGUGAAACAAAUUUUGAACCAACAAAUUGGGAUUGGUUACGCUUGAAUGCACUUGGUCCUGGUUGGGAAGAAGUAUUGAAAGAUGUACCAGUUACGCGUAGAGAAGCAUUAAAUUUACUUGUCAUCAUGAAAAGGAAGCUACUUCGAGCAGCAGGUAAACUGACCUAUUACAAGGAACGUGUCACUGUUCUACAAGACCAAUUGAUUCAUCAGAAAAAAAAUGAAGAAAAAUUGAUCCGACUUCAAGCUGAAUAUAAAACACAGUCUCUGGAUCUUGAGAAAGCUCAAGAACAAGCUUCAAGAGUACCAUUACUGGAGAAAACAGUGAAACAACAAGAAGAUUUAAUCUGUCGAUUGGAAACAUUCUUAGAUCGUCAAAGAAACAAUACGGAGAGGGAUAAUAACAGAAACCAUGGAAAUAUUUUGGAAAACGAGAAUUUGCGGACAGCGAUUGCAGAUAAUGAACGAUUAGAACUGUACAAAAUGUUGGAUAAUUCUGAGUUAAGAAUUAAAGCAUUAGAAGAAGAACUUCAACGUCAACGAAAUCCCAAGUCACAUCUGCCUCGAGAACCUGCUUGGAAAUAUUCAGGUCCAAAGAAAAUACAUCAAUCCCUUCCACAGUUGAACAAAAGAAAUGGACCGAAUAAUUUAGUCAGUGUCAAUACGCAUAAACAAUCCCCAAUAACCGAUUUGAAUAUGCAUUUUCCUAGUCAUAAUAAUAAAGGCUUAAAUCGUGUGUUGAAUAAACGUCAAAUACACAUGAAUAACCAUAUAAACAGUAGUACUAACAGUAAUAAUAAUGACAACAACGUCAAUCAUAUCAAUGAAAGUAAUGAGAGCAAUGCAUUCGAUUAUUCUAUGAACAGAGAUGAAGAAGACUUUUAA